AUGGCUGCGGCGUAAGUGUGUUUCGAGAAACCAGUUUGAAAUUUUUUUUUCAGGUCUCCAAAUUCAGAAGAUGGAAAGUUAGCUUAUAUUGAAAAACGUAUUCUAGAAACACACGGCGUCAAGUACGAUUCUACCUUCAUACCGGUAAUAAUCUCUUAUUCUAUAUCUGCAAUAUAUUCAGAUACGUUUUAAAAACAGCGAGAUUUACACAGUACACGUGAAGCCGGAAGAAGAUUUGGUUUCUCCGGAGCCCAUAGUGCUCAUUCAAGGGUUCGGAGCCGGCGUCGCUUGGUGGUGCGCCAAUUUGCAACCAUUAGCACGCAAUCACACAGUCUAUGCUUUUGAUCUGUUAGGUUGGAGACUAUCAGUUUUUUAGCUUUAAAUCUUUUUUAGGCUUCGGGAGAUCGUCUAGGCCGAGUUUCAGCUCGGACGCCUCCGUAGCCGAGCUGCAAAUGGUGGAAUCUAUCGAAGACUGGAGGAAAGCGGUUGGAAUCGAAAAAAUGACGAUUGUCGCUCAUUCGUUCGGUAUGUUCUGUUUAAAAAAAAACUGUUUAUUGCAUCUUCAAUGUAAGAAUACAUGUGCAAUCGACUUUCAUUGAUUAUAUCUGUGUGUAAACGGCGGCAGGAGCUGUGGCUUAGGCAGAGAAGUUGUGAAUUUCGCUCGUAGAACAUCAGGUACAAGAGAGGUCGUAGGAAGAAGUACGGUGCCGGCUUUCCAAAGGCCGAUGGCAGAGAUUGAGCCCUUUCGCUGCAUGCAGCUCCCAAUUUUAUCUACCCCGGAGGGAUGAAAGGCUUGGUCGACCUCGGGGGGACUCGAACUUACGACCUUGCGGACGUUAGAAAUGAGUUUUACCAGCUGAGCUAUGCCGCCUCGGUAUGUUCAUUCAUCUGCAAUGUCACGCAUGUUCAGCGCUGUUCGGCGAGCUUACCGUUAAAUUUUUUUGCGCAUAAUUUUUGAGAUUAAUUCUAUCAAUUUAAAUGUGUAAUUUAAACGUUUUCACUCAAUCAUAAUCCUUCCCUAAUUAUUUUUUCCAGGUGCUUACUUGGCGUCUUCUUACGCUUUGGAGCAUCCGACACGUGUCCGCCACCUCGUUUUGGUAGAACCUUGGGGAUUUGCAGAAAAAGUGGAACCCACGGAAAAACAAGUUUUUUUUCCACUUGAAAAUUAAAAAAUAUGACCCGUUUGUCUGCAGAUAAAGCCUUAUGAUUGGAUGAUGUUUCUCGGAGGACUUAUCUCUUAUUUCAAUCCGUUGGCUUCAGUGAGGCUGUUGGGCCCAUACGGUAUGUAUUCUGGACAUAGUAAAAUAUUCGAGAUCGUUUUUUUUUGAGUAUUUGAAAGGAAACUACGGAUUUUUUUUUAGUUUUUUGCAAGGAAAUGCUUCUUUGCAUAGAGUUCAUGAGAAUUAUCGACAAGCAUGUCCCCUAUAUGGGGCAACUAACUAUAACCUCUAUCGGGACCACUUUUUAAAGCUCUAGUGGCCCCUAUAAGAGUUGGUGAAGUGGUUCCUAGAGGACGCUCUCAGGUUGUCCCUAUAGGGACCACUCUGGAGUUCCUAAUUGAAAGACAAUUUUGAACCUUUUCUAACUGCAAAAAGCUUUUUUCAAGAUUUUCAUUUAGCCCCAUCCAUAAUGAGGAAAAUCCGGCCGGACCUUCUCACACGGUACCCGAGUAAAAACUCGGACGAUAUUUACAAAUACAUCUACUUGACGAACAGCUCCGAGCCAACAGGAGAGUCGGCGUUCAUGGCGAUGUCCAUUCCGAGCGGCUGGGCGAAGCGACCUAUGAUUCGGAGGUUUGCAUGAAAAUAUUUGUCACAAUAAACGAAAACGGAUAGAUUUUUCAAAGAUUUUUGUAAGAAUAGAUUCUUAUUCCUAGUGUUUUUUUUUUCAAUAAGGAAGCUGCAAAUAUCACAAAAUGAUUCAACUCGUUUAUAGAUUACUUUUCUUUUUGAUUUUCUUCGAUUUCGACCUAAAAUAUUUUUAGAUUAAAGUGGAACUUGAUCGAAGUGGAGGCAAAUAUAACUUUCAUGGUUCUCUUCCUCCACGCCACAGAUCUGUCUGUGAGCGAAAUAAACAUUUCAAGUAGGGAACAUGAACGGAAAGUCGCAAUGCCUUGUGGUUUUCUUUUAAAAAAAGAUAAACGGGUAGAUUUAUUUCUAUUUUUUUGGAACUUUUAAUGAUGAAGUUUUGUUCCCAAGCUUGGGUUUCUAAAUUCGGACGGAGGCUCGAAAAAGGAACUUUUUUGCUGCUUUUCUGCGACCUUUUUUGAGACUCCUCUUUAGAGACCAUUAUCCACCAUUCCGACGAGUUGGGCUGUAGAUUUUUCUCCUUUUUUUUUUAGUCGUAAUGUCAAAUUCGGGGACUGGAUUUCUAAACGUAGAAGUUGAAAAAAAAGUUUCGACGCUGUAAAAAUUGCAGGUUCAACGGGAUCGAUCCGACAGUCGACGUGACUUUUGUGUACGGGAGCAAGAGCUUCGUGGAGCCAGGCCCAGCUUUCGACAUCCAGUCUCAAAGAAACGGAUAUGUUGACAUUCAGGUGAUUUUCCUCCUGAACUUGUUCUCCUCAACCCUGAAGCUUCAGAUGAUCCGUUGCGGCGGUCAUCACGUUUAUGCCGAUGAAGCUGCAGAGUUCAACAAAGUUGUUCUCGAAGUUAUCGACGGCAAUCGAUGCAAUGAUACGGAUAGUAGUGACACUUAUUGCGCCUAG